GCUAUCUGCAUUCAUUCGAUGCAUUUGCUUCCUUAACUAUAGCUUUCUGUAAGGUAGCUUGAAUUCAUUGCUUCUCAUCCUUUUGAUCUACUGUCAAGUUUCUUCCUAUGUAGAUACCGUAUUCAGGAGUAAGUCUUUGCCAAUUCUUUCUUUGUUUCAUGAAAGGUUGGUUUCAUUCUGUAAAAGAAACUUUUAUGCUUCUUUGCUAGAAGUUACAAACUUCAAUUUGGGUAUUUCAAUAUUAGGUUUGCCUGUCGACGAUGGAUACCCUUCUCCCAAACAAUGGCUCAGAAGUAGUCUUUUUAAAUCAGAAUCCUGUUAAUGGAUCCAAUCCUAAUAACAUAUUGGUGGAUCCAGCCAAAUCAAACCAUCCUGGCCAUGUAGCUUCAUCUGUAGGUUCGAACUCAUCAGAUGGAGAUUCUCCAUACGGUAGUGACAACCUUGAUUUUUCCAACGCUGUGUUAAAGUUCAUAAAUGAUGUGCUUAUGGAAGAAGAUGUGGAGGGUAGACCCUGCAUGUUGCAGGACUGUUUAGCUCUCCAAGCUGCGGAGAAAUCUUUCUAUGAUGUUCUAGUUCAGAAAUAUCCCCCUUUACCUGAUCAUUUCUAUCAAGAAGUUGAUGUAGACAACGAGUGCCCAUAUGAUCCCCUUAUCUGCAGCAACAGAGCUGAUGGCAAUGAUAGCCAGGCUGCUGCUAACAAUAUGGUGGAAUCAAGCUGGAAUUAUCAUCAACAUGGCUUGGAUUCCCCAUUGAUGCAAAGUUCUAGUAAUUACUCUACUGAACUUACCUCAUUUUUACCACGUUUAUGUGGUGAGAUACUACGUUCUGAGCCUGUGGAGAGUUACACAUUUAAGCUACCAGAGCUACAGAAAGGGGUGGCAGGCAGGGAAGCAGAGAAGGAAGUGUGGAAGCACAUUUCAAACAGAUCAAUGGGAAGGAAAAAUCAUCCACGGGAAUUUGAGGAUUCCUUGGAAGGAAGGAGGAACAGUAAGCAAUUUGCGUUAAUUACUGAAGAAGACUCGUCUGAGGAACACAUGUUCGAUGAGGUUUUCCUUGUUAAGGGUGGGAAUGUGUCAUGUCCUCUUUAUGAAGCCUCACAAAAUAGAGCAAACAGGAAGUUGCAAGAUAACGGACAGGUGAAAGCGGAUAGCGGUAGAAAAAGCCGUGUAAAGAAACAGGGGAAUGGAAAGGAAAUGGUGGAUUUGUGGAGUCUCCUAAAUCAAUGCGCACAAGCUGUGGCCAUCUAUGACCAAAGAGCUGCAACUGAGCUACUCGGUAAGAUUAGGCGACACUCUUCUCCUUUUGGAGAUGGAACUGAGAGGCUGGCUCAUUACUUUGCCAAUGGUCUAGAGGUACGCUUGAAUGGCACCGGGGCACCGCUGUAUACCCCAAUUCCAAGAAAUGGCACUUUGGCUUCUGAUAUCAUAAAAGCCUAUAUCUUAUAUGUUUCAGCAUGCCCUUUCAGGAGGAUAUCAAAUUUGUUUGCCAAUCGAAACAUUGCAAAGCUAGCAGAAAAGGCAACAACAGUCCACCUUAUUGAUUUCGGCAUUUCCUAUGGUUUUCAAUGGCCCUGCCUUAUUCAGCGUCUCUCAACAAGGCGUGGUGGGCCUCCUAAGCUUCGCAUAUCGGGAAUUGAUUUUCCCCAACCAGGGUUAAGGCCUGCGGAAAGAAUUGAAGCAACAGGCCGUCGUUUAAGAAGAUGCUGUGAGAAUGUUGAUGUCCCAUUUGAGUACAACUCCAUAGCGAAGAGAUGGGAAUUUGUCCGAGUUGAGGAUCUAAAGAUCGAAAGAGAUGAGUUGAUUGUUGUUAAUUGUAUGUACAGGCUAAGGAAUCUGCCUGAUGACUCAGUGGUAUUAAACAGUCCAAGGAACAUUGUUCUGAAGUUAAUCAAGAGAAUUAAUCCAGAUCUUUUCAUCCAUGGAGUUGUUAAUGGUAGUUACAAUGUCCCAUUCUUUGUCACACGGUUUCGAGAGGCGUUCUUCCACUUCUCAGCAAUAUUUGACAUCCUGGAGGCUAACGUACCUCGUGAAGAUCCAGACAGAUUGCUGCUUGAAAGAGAAAUGUUUGGAAGGGAUGCUAUGAAUGUUAUUGCAUAUGAGGGGCUGGAGAGAAUUGACAGACCAGAAACGUACAAGCAGUGGCAGUUCAGGAACCAGAAAGCUGGGUUCAGGCAGCUUCCUUUAGACGAAAAGAUAUUGAAUCGGGCACGGACAGUGAUGAAAUCAAACUACCACGAGGAUUUUGCUAUUGAGGUCGACGGCCAGUGGAUUCUUCAAGGAUGGAAGGGGAGAGUAAUCCAUGCUCUUUCUUGCUGGAAACCUGUCCAGGAGUGACAGGGUCUCCUGUCUCUAAUAAGUAACAUGACAAAUGAGCUAGGUCCAAUUCUGUUCAUAGUUUUUGCUAAUCUAAAAGCAAAGCACUACUCUGCUUAGCUCUUAAUAUGUUAAUUCAUUCCUUUCUAAUAUAAAUGAAAUUUUCUCUA